GGUGUUGGGCCUUGUCUCCGCCUUCCUUUUCCCAGUCUUCUUUGAGGAGGAAGGCGGUGGGUAGAGGGGGGCCGAGGCUCUGGGAAGAGGUGCACCGCAGCUCUCUGUCAGACUCCUAACUUUGAGCUUCUGACAGGACUCUGUCAGCUUCCGAGGAGCUAAACGAGAUGGAGGGAGCGCUGGAAAACUUUCCCAACAAUUCUGACUUCAUGAAAGCCAACAGAGAAACAAAGCGCCUUUUUGUAGGUGGCCUUAGCCAGGCCAUUUCAAAGACAGACCUACAAGACCAGUUCACCAGAUUUGGAGAAGUUUCUGAUGUGGAGAUCAUCACCCGGAAAGAUGAGCAAGGAAACUCACAGAAAAUCUUUGCAUAUGUUAACAUCAAAAUAGCAGAAACAGACCUGAAAAAAUGCAUGUCUGUUUUAAAUAAAACAAAAUGGAAAGGUGGAACACUACAAAUUCAGCUAGCAAAAGAAAGCUUUUUGCAUAGAUUGGCCCAAGAGAGAGAAGAAGCAAAAGCAAAGAAAGCAAUGCCAACAACUGGCAGUACCACCUUAUUGGAAAAGGUGGGAGGAGUAGAUUUCCAUAUGAAAGCUGUGCCUGGAACAGAAGUACCAGGACAUAAAAAUUGGGUUGUAAGUAAAUUUGGAAGAAUCUUACCUAUUCUUCACCUUAAGAGUCAACAUAAACAUAAAAUUAUGAAAUAUGAUCCAUCAAAAUACUGCCACAACCUAAAGAAGAUAGAGGAGAAUUUCACAGAUAUCGUUCCCAUAACUAGCCUCACUUGGGAAUUGGAAGGCAGCAAUGACCCUAUGAGUAAGAAACGUCAAGGAGAGUUCUCUGACUUUCAUGGCCCUCCCAAGAAGAUCAUAAAAGUACAGAAGGAUGAGGGUUCCAUGGAAUCCAAAGUUUCUGAUAAGAAUUCAAAGACUAAUCAAAUGCUAGAGAAUAACAUAUCAACACAGCAUGGUUCCAUUACUCCUUUUAAACCACUCCUUGCGUCCAAUUCUGAUACAAGACCUCUUCAUACUUCUGAUUUUGACAUUAUUUGGAAGAGAAGUAGCAUGUCUAAUCAUGAUGACCUUGACUCUGAAGGCGAAUUAAAAAUGAUGAUUGCAGAAGAGGAAAACUUACAAAAAACUAGAUGUUCCUCAGUAAAUGAAUCUGAAAGUGAUCCCUUUGAAGUUGUGAGGGAUGAUUUCAAAUCAGAUAUUCACAGACUACAUUCACCAGCCAGUUUAGGAAUCAGUAAUGUCUCCUGUCAUGUUAGCAAUGGUAACAUAGGAAAUGACUGUAAAUAUGAUUCAAGUGAUACAGAUGAAAUUAUUGCAAUGAAAAAAAGCAUUGAUAAGACCAAAAAAAGUACAGAAUGUUCACAAACAGAAAAACCUAUAAACAACAAACGUUCUUUCAGAAAGAAAGAUUUUUCAACUGAUUGUAUUAAAUUACAAAAAGCUAAAAACAGUGAAGAAUUGACCCUAAGUCAUGGAGUAAAGUCUCUCAAUCAUAAAUCUCCAUCUGACUCCAGCAGUAGUGACAGUGAAAAGUCCGAAGGUGAAGAAGAGUAUAAAGCCUUGAUGAAAAACUGUCCCCGUUUGAGCCUCACUUUGGCUGAUUUGGAGAAGUUGGCUAGCAAUCACCAGGAGAUUCCAGGAAAAGAUGAGAGUGAUGGCCUUCAGACUCCUAAACACUACAAGUCCGACAGAGUCUCCAAGAGUCCCAAGACUCCCCAUGGCCUCCACAGUAGCCGACAGUGCAUCCAUCCUGAAGAGAUUGUGGCCUCCCUUUUAGAGGAAGAGAACACUUACAGUAAGCAGAAACCAGAGGGAAACAACUUAAAACCAAAAUUCCAGGAGUUCAAGGGAAUAGGCUGUCUCUAUGCAAGGGAAUCGGUGGACAAAACCGUGAAAGAAAAUGAUAUCUUUAAUAAUAUUACUGAACAUCAGAGUUCCUUGAAACCUGAAGAUCCCGAUAGCAUUUCUUUAGAAAACAGAUCCAAGUGUGCUAAUGGCCUAUCAAACAAAUCAACUUUAUUGCAACCUGCAAAGAAAGUGAACAGCCAAGGCCACAUUCAGCCUCAAAAAAUAAAGUUUACUUUUGAGAGCCAGAACCAUAUGAUAAUGUCCUCUACCAGUUCUGAAAAGGGAAGUAAAAAUCCUAUCUCGUGUCUAUUGCCAUUAAAAGGUAAAAAGUCUUUAAGUCUUAGUGUAAAGAGCCAUAAAAUAGACUUUGACAAAGAUGCUUGCCAUAGUCUUGAAAAUAGAGGCACUUCAAAAAAAGAGAGGUCUGAUUCAAGCAGCCUUACAUCUCUUGAGAUACCACCAGAGGUCUCUUCCAGGAAAGCACCUCAGAAAAGCACAACUAGUAUCUUACUUUCUUUGAGUGAUGUGUCAGACAUGAAUGCUAAGGAUAAGCAUGCCAAAGACAAUCAGAAGCGAUUGGCAGCCUUGGCAGCAAGGCAGAAAGCCAGAGAGGUACAGAAGAAGCUGGUGCAUAAUGCACUGGCAAAUUUGGAUGGUCGUCCAGAGGAUAAAACAACACACAUCAUCUUUGCUUCUGAUAGUGAAAAUGAAAUGGAAAAGACAUCAAUACAAGAGCAAAGCUUUCCAAGAGAGGAACUGGUAGAACAAGAGUCCAUGGGUAAAGCAUCUGGGAAGCUCUUUGGCAGCAGUGAUGAAGAAGAUUCUGAUUCCAAGGAUGACAGCAACAGGUUCAACAUUAAACCUCAGUUUGAGGGCAGAGCUGGACUAAAGCUCAUGGAUUUACAGUUGCAUUUUGGAAGUGAUGAGAGAUUCCGCAUGGAUUCUAGAUUUCUAGAGAGUGACAGUGAAGAGGAACAGGAAGAAGUAAAUGAAAAUAAAACUACUGAGGAAGAAGAGCUUGCUGCAGAAAGAAAGAAAACCCUGAAUGUUGUGCAAAGUGUUUUGAAUAUCAACUUGAACAACCCUACAAGCAAAGGAACAGUAGCUGCUAAGAAAUUUAAGGACAUCAUACAUUAUGAUCCAACAAGAGAUGACCAUGCUACUUACGAAAGAAAACAAGAUGAUAAAGCUAAAGAAAGUAAAGCAAAAUGAAAUAAGAAAAGGGAAGAAGCUGAGAAGCUGCCUGAGGUGUCUACAGAGAUGUAUUAUGACAUUGCCACGGAUCUGAAAGACCUAUUCCAAACUACAAAAGAUACAGAUGAAAAAGAAGACAUCACCCAGAAGGAGGAUUGCGAUCGAGAAACUGGGGAAAUCAAUGUUGCAUUUCUGCC